UGAGACUUUCUUCUGAUCUGCUCUGGGGUGGCAUGUAGGCAGCAGGCCCUGUUAUAAGCCUUUCUUCUCUGAGGGUGGUUCCCCUCAGAGACCUUAUUUUAAAUGCGUGAACUUUUGGUACAGUGUUAUUUAUGCUGCUGGCUCUUUUAUGUACAUAUGUCUCGAACUCCUGACAUCAAGUGAUCCACCUACUUCAGCCUCCCAAAGUGCUGAGAUUACAGGCAUGAGCCACUGCUCCCGGCUAAUGUACAUAUGUCUCUUAAUAGAGACAUGUUAGAUAGUAAAUAUGUCCCUAAUAGAUGGUAAGCAGGUAUAGUGGUAGGUAUAAAAUUCAGACCUUUAUAUUCAUUUUAGGCAAAUGAAAACAAGACCUGGAGAUUUUAUUGAUUGUUUAGAUUCAGUUGAAGACACCAAAGGAAAUAAUGGAGAUAGAGGUAGACUCUUGGUAACAAAUUUAAGAAUUCUCUGGCACUCUUUGGCAUUAUCAAGAGUCAAUGUUUCUGUCGGUUACAAUUGCAUAUUGAAUAUUACAACAAGGACUGCUAACUCUAAAUUACGAGGCCAAACUGAAGCUCUUUAUAUACUAACAAAAUGUAACAGUACUCGUUUUGAAUUUAUAUUUACAAAUUUGGUUCCUGGAAGCCCUAGACUUUUUACUUCUGUGAUGGCAGUACACAGAGCGUAUGAAACUUCUAAAAUGUAUCGUGAUUUUAAAUUAAGAAGUGCACUAAUUCAGAACAAGCAACUAAGACUGUUACCACAAGAACAUGUAUAUGAUAAAAUAAAUGGAGUAUGGAAUUUAUCCAGUGAUCAGGGCAAUUUAGGAACCUUUUUUAUUACCAAUGUGAGAAUUGUAUGGCAUGCAAAUAUGAAUGACAGUUUUAAUGUCAGUAUACCAUAUCUGCAAAUUCGUUCAAUAAAGAUUAGAGAUUCAAAAUUUGGUUUAGCUCUUGUCAUAGAAAGCUCUCAGCAGAGUGGUGGAUAUGUUCUUGGCUUUAAAAUAGAUCCUGUGGAAAAACUACAAGAAUCAGUUAAGGAAAUCAAUUCACUUCACAAAGUCUAUUCUGCCAGUCCCAUAUUUGGAGUUGAUUAUGAGAUGGAAGAAAAGCCCCAGCCACUUGAAGCUCUGACAGUCGAACAAAUUCAAGAUGAUGUAGAAAUAGACUCUGAUGAUCACACGGAUGCUUUUGUGGUGAGCAUCACAAAGGAGAGCAUUAAAUUUCUCAAGGAUUUUAUCUCGGUCUUGUUUAAUAAAAUAAUAGUGCUUAUUUUGCUGAUGGCAAUAAGCAACAAGAUCGUGAACCAGUAUUUUCAGAAGAACUGGGGCUUGCAAUAGAGAAAUUGAAGGAUGGAUUCACCCUACAGGGACUUUGGGAAGUAAUGAGUUGAUUGAUCUUGAGUUGAGAUGGAUUUCUAUUAAAGAUAUCUCUAGUUUAAAGAUACUAGUCACCUGCCAUAAGUCAUGGAAUAGUUUUUAUAUUUACAACUUUUAUAUUUAAAACUUGUAAGAGUUUUUUUAAUGAUUGGGGAAAAAGUCAUUUGGAAAACUUCAGUUUUCUAAAAAUUAUAUUUAAAAUUGUCAUCAAAAUGUACCUAGUUUAUAAAUGUUUAUUUUGUACUUAAUACCUGUAAAGUCUUAGUUUUCAGAUAUUAAGUGACUGUAUCAUGUUCAGUUUAAUAAAGAAUUUAUGCAGCACCAUUUAACGUUUUGAAAGUAUUAUUUAAAAGAAAAAGACUAUUCUUAUGGAAUAAUCAAAAUUCUGCUUUCUUAAUUGUAAAAAUCUGGUUUAAAUAUCCCAUGGCUCCUGGCCAGGCGUGGUGGCUUAUGCCUAUAAUCUCAACACUUUGGGAAGCCGAGGCAGGCAGAUCACUUGAGGUCAGAAGUUUGAGACUAGCCUGGCCAACAUGGUGAGACCUGUC